AUGUGUCGAGUAGACCCACAACAGAAACCAUUACAAAGAAUUUUGUGGCGUGAAACACCUGAUGAGCCACUCGAAAUUUAUGAAUUAGACACAGUAACCUAUGGCACAUCUGCAGCGCCAUAUUUAGCCAUUAGAUGUUUAUAUCAGUUAGGGGUGGAAAUAGAAAAAACUAAUCCCACAAUAGCAAAUGUAAUACAAAACCACUUUUAUGUUGACGAUUUGUUGAGUGGUGCUGAUACAAUUGAAGAGGCUAUUAACAUAGUAACAGAGAUAUCAAAGGUCCUUAAUACAGCAGGUUUUCGUCUUCGUAAAUGGAUAUCUAAUAAUAAUACAAUACUUCAAUCACUGAAAGAAAGAAAUGAAGCAGAUACACUUGAUCUAGGUGUAAACGAACUAACCAAAACAUUAGGCGUGACGUGGAAUGGAAAGGAAGACUGUUUUCUUUAUAAGAUUGGAAAUAGUUUUAAUAAACAUAUUACAAAACGAACUGUCUUGUCAGAAAUAGCUCAGAUUUUUGAUCCAAUGGGUUUACUAAGUCCAUGUAUAAUUGUGGCUAAAAUUAUCCUAAGAGAUAUUUGGAUAGAAAAACUUGACUGGGAUGAAUCUUUGUCACAACCCUUACAUACGAGAUGGCUAAACUUUAGAAACGAAUUAAGUAAUCUGAAUAAUAUCAAAAUUCCUAGACAGAUAACGUGUAAACACGCAAUCAACAUUGAAAUUCAUGGAUUCAGUGAUGCAUCGUCUUACGCAUACGGAGCCUGCGUGUACUUAAGAUCGCAAAAUGAAGAAGGAAAAAUACAAACAAGAUUGAUUUGUGCUAAAUCAAAAAUAGCUCCAUUGAAGGUUCAGACGAUUCCACGUUUGGAAUUAAUUGGUGCUUUACUGCUAUCACGCCUAAUAAAAAAAAUAUUAGAAGCAACCAAACUAGUACCAAGUAGAAUAGUAUAUUGGUGUGAUUCUACAAUAGUUUUGGGUUGGCUUAAUAUGAGUCCAAAUCAACUACAAGUGUUUGUAGCUAACCGAGUAUCAGAACUUCAGACAAUCACAAACGUAAGCGACUGGCGACAUGUUCCAUCCAGUCAUAAUCCAGCCGAUUUGGUGUCACGUGGUGUAAGACCCAAAGAAUUACCAUUUUCUAAUCUUUACUGGUUUGGUCCAGACUGGUUGAAAUCAACUGAGGACAUAUGGCCGCAUACUCUUGAAAUCAAUGUAGAGUUACCAGAAUUACGUAAGGUUACAUUGAUGGAAACGGUAUUUAUCAGUGAACCAAUAAUCGACUUUAAUAAUUAUUCUAAUCUAUCGCAUUUGGAACGUGUUUUAGCAUACUGUUUACGAUUUAUUACAAAUUGUAAAGCUAAAACAGGAGAAAGAAGCAAGGGAGCCUUAAACACACAGAAAUUGCAAAUGCUCAUUUAUAUCUAG